UUUUAAGUUUUAGGUUUAAAUUUGUUUUGAAAGAAAUUUAAUUUAAUUUAUUUAUUAUAUUUUAUUUAAAUUUAUACCAUCUAAAUCUAAAAGUCAUGUUCUUGAUGGAUGAUUUACUUGAGGAGCCUAGCUGCUCGGAUCACACUGUCUCGUCCUUAGACCCUGUAGCCAUCUGGUUCUUGCCACGGUUCUCGUCUCUAAUGGCGAUCGGCAAGCGCCGGGAAGGCGACAUGCUGGACUCGGUGUGCUCAGUGAUCGCGCUGGUUUUCAUUCUGGUAGCCUGUGUGGAGCUCUGCGAUGCCGCCACUGUUCUCGACGUAUACCGACUCAUUCAGUAUGAUUUCGCCGGCGUUCCCUACGGAUCUCGCCUCGCCGGCCUCAACCAUCACGCCGGCUCCCUGCCAUUCGCUGCUGGCGCGGAUCUGUCGCGCACUGUGGUUAUGAUUCCUCUCCGAGAAGUGAACGUGACGUUUAUGCGAGAGUACAUUUCUCAGAGACAGCCUUUGGGGGGUUUAUUGUUUUUGCUUCCUCAGAUGUUUAAUUCUGACAGAGACGGUAGGGAGGAAGGUGAUAAAUUUGGAGAGCUUUUAAGGAAUGUACUGGUGGAACUGGAACAGUUCCUUGUACGCGCCUAUUUGCCUUAUCCUGUUUAUUUCGCUUUUGAGGAUGACAACAUUGAUGCUGCUUUAGCUGAUGUCAAGAGGAAUGAUGCUACGGGUCAGCCAGCUACUGCAACAACAGGCGGAUACAAGCUUGUUGUUUCAGCACCCGAACCUAAGAAAAUGGCAUCUCCCACCAUCACAAACAUUCAGGGAUGGUUGCCAGGAUUGAAGGCAGAUGGAGAUUCAAGUCAACUCCCAACCAUUGCUGUAGUGGCAUCAUAUGACACAUUCGGAGCUGCACCAGCAUUAUCAGUUGGAAGUGACAGCAAUGGGAGUGGUAUUGCUGCAUUGCUUGAAAUAGCUAGGUUGUUCUCUCUUCUUUAUGCAAAUCCUAAGACUAGGGGAAGAUACAAUAUACUUUUUGGACUAACUUCCGGUGGACCUUAUAACUACAAUGGAACUCAUAAGUGGCUUCGGAGUUUUGAUCAACGUGUGCGUGAAAAUAUUGACUAUGCUAUUUGCUUGAAUAGUAUUGGUUCAUGGGACAAUGAGUUAUGGAUUCACGUGUCUAAACCUCCAGAAAAUGCCUUAAUAAAGCAAAUUUUUGAUGGUUUUUCUAAUGCAGCAGAAGAAUUGGGUGUUAAAGUUGGCUUGAAACACAAGAAAAUAAAUAUUUCAAAUCCUCGAGUAGCCUGGGAGCAUGAACAGUUUUCCAGGCUAAGAAUUACAGCUGCCACCCUUUCUGAACUUUCAACUGCGUCCGAGUUUUUGGAGAGCACAGGGGGUCUGUCUGAUAGAAGACAUUUUGUGAGUGAAAGUUCAAUUAUCAGAAGUGUCAAGUUAGUAGCCGAGAGUCUUGCGAGGCACAUCUACGGCCACCAGGGAAAAAAUGUUCAGAUCUUUGCUGACGAUAGUAGUUUGGCAGUCAACCCAUCUUAUAUACAUUCUUUGUUGGAACUUUUGUCGAAGACACCUCGAGUGGCACCAUUUCUAACAAAGACUGACCCAUUUAUCAUGGCACUGAAACAGGAAUUAGCACAGCAUACUGUUGAGGUGAAUGUGCAGCAUGAGAUGAUCGAUGGGAUGUUCACUUUCUUUGAUUCGAUAAGAGCCAGACUUUAUAUUUAUCAGGUUGCUAGUGUAACAUUUGACUUGCUGUUGCUUCUGGUGCUGGGAUCUUAUUUGAUAGUCCUUUUCAGUUUUCUUGUCAUCAUUACAAGGGGCCUCGAUGAUCUCAUCAGUAUAUUCCGGCGACCUCCCUCCCGCAAGAUGAAAACUGCUUAAUUAUUGAAGCAGAGGAUAUAAUUGAGCUAAAAGCAUUUUGACUCACCUCAGAGUAGUUUGUACCAAGCUUAUUUGUCUCCUUCGCCCCUUCCCCUCUCCAUUGUAUGGUAAUUUAGUAUUGCGAGGGUUUUUUUCCGUCAAUGUUUAGUAUUUAGUGAUUGAUGUUGAUAAUUUAUUGUGCAAGGACCAGAACCAUUAGGGGGUGAGCAAAAUUUUGUAGGCCUUUCAACAUUCAAUCUAAUCUCAUUAUGAUCAUUCUUUAGAAAA